AUGCCCACCAGUUUCUUCAUUGGCGGCAUGGCGCGCAGGGCCGAUUUGCACCUGCUAAGCAAAGGUUGUGGCAAUUACGGGUCAUGGGGGGUCAUGGAUUGGAUAUGCGGGACUACAGUGGGCCACAGUCGGUAUGCACCUGAGGGAGAGGACGCGGAGCAUGAAAUUGAUAUUGAUGCUGUUCUUGAUGCGGCGGUUGAGGAGCCAAGGAGGCAGGUUAGGGGGCUGAGAACUCGGGGGCGAGGGGUAGUCCCUUCAUAA